AUGUCCUUCAGCGUUGUUGCGCAAAAAACAGCCGAUCUGGCUGUUACAGCGGGCAAAUCUACGGCUCAGGCCAUUCAACAACACGGGCCUAAGGCUGCAGCAGCGGCUGCUGCAUGGACUACCCAAAACCCGGGACUGGCUGCUGGCGGAGCGGCUGGUGUUGUUCUCAUCGCUGCGCCGGGCCUCGUUGUUGUACCUGUGCUUUCUGCACUCGGUUUUGGAGCCGGUGGUGUCGGAGCAGGGACUGCAGCCGCUACCAUGCAGGCUGGGAUCGGGAAUGUUGUAGCCGGUAGUGUCUUCGCCACUGCCCAAAGCGCAGGUGCAGCAGGUGCUGGUCUGGCCGUCAUCAAUGGAGUCGUCCAAGGUGCCGGUGCGGCCAUGGCUGUUGGCAGUGGAGGGCUUGCGUGGCUCAAAUCGAAAAUCUGA